UUCCACCGCGACGAUUACGACCAUGGCCCGCCGCAAACGCUAUAUCGACGAUGGACUCGACUCAGACGCUUCCGACUCUGGAAACGGUGAUGACGAUGAUUACAACCCGAACGAGAGCGCGGAUGCACGCGCUGCACGGGAACUCUUGAGAACCCGUAUGGCACGAAGAGGAAACGCAGGCGGGUCAGUGACGAGGACGAUGAGGAUGAAGACGGCCUCGAAGCUGAUCUCAUGCCUCGUAGGAAAGCGGGCUCAUCUCGGAGGAAUGAUUGGACAAAAGCACCCGCGUUUGUUUCGGGGGAUGCGGGGCAGCAGAAGAUGGAGGUGGAUGAAGAAGAAGGGGACGGUGACGAGGAUGAAGACUCGGAUGAUGGAGAGGAACCGGAAUUGUCCAAGCCACCAUCGCCUCGAAUAAGGGAAGAGGAAGAUGACAUGGAUGAACGGCCGCGAAUGGGAAUGGGAAUGGGAGGAAUAGGCUCUCGCGCACCUGCGUUACCCGAAGAUUCAGACGCACCAAUGUCAUUCAAUUCGCCCCCAAAAGCCGGUAUUGGGUCCUCCAAGGCAGGCGGAGGGAUCGGCUCCUCCCGCCUUGCCGGUUCAUCAUCAUCGGCGUUCAGUAAAGGUGGACUCGGCUCCGCAUUCGCCAAGUCAGGAUUGUCUGCUUUCUCCAAAGCGAGCGAGGAGCCUCCUCCAGCCUCAGCUGCUGGCAUGGGCUCACGCGGAGGGAUCGGUGCCCAUGCCCCACCACCACCUCCCGUCGUGGAAGACGAGAUCCCGCCUUCCUUCGGUAGUCGCAAACCGUCUUUUGUGCGCAACUCUUCCUCUUCAAGUAAACCUGCGGCUCCACUCAGCUCGUCGGAACAAAUGCACUUCAACAAAAUAUCUGGCAGCAUUGGAGCGCGGCUUCUCUCCAAGAUGGGCUGGCAAUCAGGCGCAGGUCUCGGUGCUUCAGGCGAGGGUAUCGUCACCCCGGUAGAGAGUAAACUGCGGCCGCAAAAGAUGGGUAUGGGUUAUCGUGGAUUCAAGGAGAAGACAGAUCAGUCCAAGGCCGAGGCUCGCAGAAGAGGUGAAGCCGUCAGCGACGAAGAAAGCGAGACUCCUGCUAUGCGAAAAGCUAGAAAGAAGGACAAAGAAGCCAAGGAGAAACGCUCAGAUGUCUGGAAACGACCGCAGAGGGUCAAGACCAAGGUCGAACACAAGACUUACGAGCAGAUCAUCGCAGCAGCUGGCGAGGACGUUGGCGCUUCAAGCCUCGGUCAGAUCAUCGAUGCCACGGGUGCAGAGCUGCGAGAAGUGUCGUCAAUCACAGAUAUCUCUCUCAAAUCGACUUGGUCGCCUUCCAAUGAUCCCACCAGGAUACCUGAAGUUCGACACAACAUUCGGCUCAUAGCAGAAGAUUGCAAGAAAGAUCUUGAUGGACUGGCGCGCGAAGCGAAAGCUCUCGACGAUCGAAAGCAGUGGAUCGUUCGCGAAGACGCCAGACUGAGGAAGAAAGUCGAGGAGGAAGCCGAUCUGAUUGCGCGCCUCCAGCAAGUACACAUUGUGGCCAACGAGAUCGACAGCAAGUCAAAGGAACUCGCCUCGUCCUACGAACCGUCACUGGACAGCUUCUCCCCGUUGUUCUAUAAGCUCAGUGAUCAGUUUGGCCCAGAGCUAGAAAAGUAUCGGCUGGAUGAGAUAGCUGUUGCUGCCAUUGCUCCGCUAUUGAGGAGAUUGGUGACCGCAUGGAAUCCUCUCGAGUCUCCGGGCGACUUUGUUUCGACCUUCCGGACUUGGCGCAAUGUUCUGAGAAUCAAAGAAGAGCAAGCGAAGACCGUCGAGAACCAGGUCGACGUCUACGGCACCAAAUCUAUCGCUCCCGUACAGAUUGAAAAGCCCAUGACGCCGUUCGAGAGCUUGCUGUGGAACGUGUGGCUCCCAAAAGUUCGGACUGCGAUCAACAACGAUUGGACGCCAUACACGCCCCAACCAGCAGUCAAAUUAUACGAAGUCUGGGCCUCGUUUCUCCCUGCUUUUAUUCGCGACAACCUGCUCGACCAACUCGUUCUUCCCAAAGUAAAAAAGGCUGUCGCAGAGUGGAAUGCGAAACGUGCGAACGGGUCUUUGCGGAGUCUGGUGUUCCCGUGGUUGCCUCAUUUGGGUCUGAGAACGGAAGACCUGAUUGGUGAUGCGCAAAGGAAACUAAAGAGUGUUCUGCGAAGCUGGAACUGCGGGGAAGACAUGCCCGAAGAUUUGACCGCUUGGCGAGAAGUGUUUGAUGCCAAGGAGUGGGAUGCAAUGCUACUCAAAUAUGUUGUCCCCAAAUUGGGAGCCUUGCUUCGGGAAGAUUUCCACGUCAAUCCGCGGGACCAAGAUAUGGCGCCGUUAUCCAAGGUCAUCCAGUGGUCCGGAGUCAUCCGACCGUCCAUCUUUUCCCAGAUUCUGGAGACAGAGUUCAUUCCCAAAUGGCUCGACGUGCUGCAUCUGUUACUUGUCACGCCAGGGGUGAGCUACGAAGAGGUCGCACAGUGGUUCUCUCGGUGGAAAGAGUCCUUCCCCGAGAACGUCCAGGCGAUGCCCGGGAUUAGCCAGGGCUUCACACGCGGUCUGCAGCUCAUGAACAAGGCCAUCGAACUGGGGCCCGAUGCACCUACGAAACUUGCCCGGCCCGAUUUUGUCGCGGAAAUGGCCGCCGCUGGUGUCGCCGCGAAAACCGCUGCCGUGCCGAAGGCAGCUCGGCCCUCGGCGCGCAAGUACGAGAUCACCUUUCGCUCGAUCGUGGAGGAGUUCGCCGCAUCACACAAUCUCCUCUUCAUGCCGACUGGGAAGGCGCACGAGAUCUCGCGGGUCCCGCUGUUCCGGGUCUCGCGAACUGUCGAUGGAAAGGACGGAUUGUUGGUCUAUCUGCUGGAUGAUGCUGUUUGGGCACCUUCUGCAGAUGGUGGUGGCGCUUAUCGGGCUAUCCCCCUCGAAGAUAUGGUGGCCAGAGCUAGCUGAGCGUCGAUCCUACCUAAUGCGCACUAGUACUAUACCCAUUGAAAGAUUCUGUCGUAUCUAACAGUAGUCUUGUAUGUCUCGGAGGAGCGGAGAGUUUGCACGUGACCGAUAUCCACUCGAUCAGUCUCGA